CCCUGCCUGUCGUUACCGUUGACGUCCCUCUCCUCCCUCUUUCUCUUGUCACGGUGUUUUUCGGGAGGUGGAGGGGGAUCCCGUCUUCUCUCGCCCUCUUCACAGACAACAAAUGCUAUGUUUCCGACACAGGGCAGACAUAUCUUCGUGUUUGGCCGCUGCUCAUCCGACGCCGGCGACCUUCCAUUCACCGUCACAGCACUUUCAACCAAACCGAAUGAGAGGAGCUAAAGGGCGGACUGGACUGAGAGGAAGAGUCGGGCACUGACUGGGAGGCUGCACAUCCGCCGCUUUCUUUAAUAGAUCCGCAGUUUGCCAUUGAUUUAUUUCCAAAGGCCCCGGGCAUCUGUCUGUGCCUUCAAAUGCUAUCUCUGGCGGUUCCUGGUUCUGUUUUCGUUACAUUUUCUCCGUGGGAACCACCGCUUUGACCCUCAACCAGAAACAUUAUAUUAGCUAGCUAAGAGGAAAACACAAACUCCCCCUUUUUUCUCAACUCAGCCCGUGGUGGUCGCAGAGACACAGAGAGCCCACGGCUGUUUCCUCUUAGUAACCCUUAUCAGUUGCCUCAGUGGUCGUGUUUUCUUUACUUUCUCACCAGAAGACGAUGCAGCUGAGAGUACCAUCGGGAUUGUUUUGUGAACCAUCCAGCCAGUGUCCGCCGAAAUGUGUGAACACAAACCCACAGCCGACUUAUUUUUUCUCCUGGACGGCGGAGCGCACUCAGGGACGAAAAUGUCUUUACGCACGGCACUGCCUGGGAACGAUCGGAACCCGGACCAUCAUACCUCUCUGUCGGCCAGCCGUUCAGAGAAGGGUACCGGCUGGUCAAGCCGCUCACUCGGCGCCCGAUGUCGUAACUCCAUCGCCUUGUGUUCAGAUGAACAGCCGCACAUCGGAAACUACCGGCUGCUCAAAACCAUCGGCAAGGGCAACUUCGCCAAGGUCAAACUGGCACGGCACAUAUUGACUGGCAGAGAGGUUGCAAUAAAGAUCAUCGAUAAAACACAGCUCAACCCAACCAGCCUACAGAAGCUGUUUCGAGAGGUACGCAUCAUGAAAACUCUCAACCAUCCCAACAUAGUCCAGUUGUUUGAGGUGAUUGAGACAGACAAGACUCUUUACCUGAUUAUGGAGUACGCCAGCGGAGGCGAAGUGUUCGACUACCUCGUGGCUCACGGCAGAAUGAAGGAGAAAGAAGCCAGAGCCAAGUUCAGACAGAUUGUGUCAGCAGUGCACUACUGUCAUCAGAAGAACAUUGUUCACCGAGACUUGAAGGCGGAGAACCUGCUACUAGACGCAGACUCGAACAUUAAAAUAGCCGACUUUGGCUUCAGUAACGAGUUCACUGCUGGCAGUAAACUGGACACGUUCUGCGGUUCCCCACCCUACGCUGCCCCGGAGCUCUUCCAGGGGAAGAAGUACGACGGUCCAGAGGUGGACAUCUGGAGCCUGGGUGUCAUCCUGUACACUCUGGUCAGCGGGUCGUUGCCCUUUGACGGGCAAAACCUGAAGGAGCUGCGGGAGCGUGUUUUGAGGGGGAAGUACCGUGUGCCCUUCUACAUGUCUACAGACUGCGAGGGAAUACUGCGCCGCUUCCUGGUUCUCAACCCUGCCAAGCGCUGUUCGCUGGAGCAAAUAAUGAAAGAUAAGUGGAUCAAUGUCGGCUAUGACGGCGAGGAGCUGAAGCCCCACGCAGAGCCUGUGGAGGACUUCAACGAUACCGGUCGCAUCGAUGUGAUGGUUGGGAUGGGUUUCGCCAGAGACGAGAUCAGAGAUUCUCUGGUUAGUCAGAAAUACAACGAGGUCACCGCCACAUACCUGCUGCUGGCACGCAAGAAUGAGACUGACGGCACCGAGUCUCGGUCAAGCAGCAGUCUGAGUCUAGCUCGAGUCCGGCCCGGCACCAUCACCAACGGGACCAGCAAACACUCCACUUCCUCUUCCUCUUCUGGUGCACCUUCUUCCUCCUCUGGCCACAAGGCACAGCGCAGCGCCUCCACAUACCACCGCCAGAGAAGACACUCUGACUUCUGUGGUCCAGCGGUUCCAGGGUCGACACACCCCAAACGGAGUCCCAGUGGUGUAGGUGAAGGGGCGGGGCUUAAAGAGGAGCGGCUGUCAAUCCGCAAGCCGAGCACCAAUACCGUCGGCUCCCGUAGCAUCCCGACCCCCUCCAGUCCCAUGGUCAGCUCCGCUCACAACCCAAAUAAGGCGGAGAUACCUGACCGGCGCAAGGAGGUUAACUCAACCACAAACAACAUCCCUGCUAGUGCCAUGACUCGAAGGAACACGUAUGUAUGCACAGACCGGUCCAGCACUGAUAGACACCCACUGCUGCAAAAUGGCAAGGAGAACAGUACCUUAUCCCACCGCCUUCCCCCUGCCUCCCCCUCCACCCACAGCAUCGCUGGCGCCUCUGGGGCCUCCUCUUCGUCCUCCACGCCCUCCUCCCGCCUCUCCAGAGGAUCCACGGUGAGGAGCACUUUCCAUGGAGGGCAGAUUAGAGACCGUCGGCCUCCCUCUCAUGCUCCCCCAGCUUCCCCUACGCCGUCCCACGAUGCCAGCCCGCUGCCCCACGCCAGGACCCGGGCCACGAGCAACCUGCUGAGCAAACUCACCUCCAAGUUGACCCGCAGGGUCACUCUUGACCCUACUAAACGUCAGAGCUCAAACAAGUCCAUGUCGGGCUGCACACUCCCACAGGGGACAAAAACAGUUAACGAACCUGAGAGAAUCAGCAGAUCUCCGGUCACAAGUCGCCAUCUAUCUGGGCAUCAGAAAGCGGCCGAGCCCCGGACCCCCCGAUGCGGCUGGGAUGUGAGGGUGCGGAGCCCUCGCGACCCGGCCGAGGUGGUGCUAGCGCUGCGCGAAGCGGCGCAGGGCUGUGGCUGCCAGGUCCAUCUGGCCGGGCCUUUCCUCCUGUCCUGCACCCACGGAGCAGCCGGCGCCCGGGUGGCUUUCGAGGCCGAGGUCUGCCAGCUGCCCAGCGGGCUGGGCCAGAGCAGCGGUGUGAAGUUCAAGCGCCUGUGGGGGGCACCGUUAGCCUUUAGAGACAUCGCCACCAAAGUGUCCAAGGAGCUGGAGCUCUGAGAUCGACAGGAGGCGGGGCAGGUCGAUGACGGACAGGACAGGUUAAUUAACAAGGAAGGAUGAGAAGGAGGAGGAACAAUGAGGCAGACACCACCCCUCCUCCUCUUCCUCCCUGGGCUCCACCUCAUUUGAUGUGGCUAGCGAUGCCUCGCCUCCGCCAAAGACCCUCUUCCUCUGAUGCCACCAAUCACAGCCAGACAAAUGGAUGCACAGACACGGAUAGACCGCCAUCGGCAGACUUAUGAUGACCCUUGACCUUGGAGCUGUCAGUGACCCACGACUCCUGCUUAAAACGCGGCACCACCCCCACAUUAUGUGAGCCCAUGGGGUUAAACUUUUUUUUUUUUUUUCAUGAUUUCAUAUUUGAUGUUGAUAAGGAUGGUGUUGCUGAGAAUGAUGGAGACUGAUAAUUUGUUGUUGUUGUUGUUGUCAUUGUUAUUCCUGUUGUACCAUAAUUGUCAUCAUUCCUUUUUAAAGAGCUGCUAUUUAAAGAAAUGUUUUAAUUUUUUUGUGUAUUAAGUUUAUUUUCUUUCUUUAAUGCUUUUAAAAUGGGCAGAACUUUGACAUCUGUUGUCGUCCUCUGAAGCAGACGUCACAUAUUUAAGGAGUGAGGGCGCAGUCUGACCUCCGGCCUCCAGAGGGAGACAUGCAGAAAUGCAGACACUUGUGACAGACUGAAUGAAGCACCACAGCCUCUCUGCCCAUCCAUUGACAAAGCCCAUUUUAUUGCUCAGUUGGGAUUUUGAUGUUUGUUUGCACCAUUUCUGGUAAGAUGUUGUCUUCUCUGGCAGGUGAGCAAAGCUGCCUCAUAACACAGGACUCAAGCUGAAAUGUUGACCUUGAGAACCUGGUUUGAGCUCAGGCUCUGCUCCUUACAGAUACUCAACUUCUGCUCCUCACCACCUUUCUCAACAAGCAAAGUCCUUUCAAAAAAUUAAAAAUUAUAUUUUGUUGGUUUAAAGCGCAAAGUAGAAUUUUAAUUUUAUGUCGCAACAGAAUGUCGUGGCCGGAUUUGUAGUUUCUUAUCUGGAGUUGGAUGUACACAAGCAACAAGAGCCACUUCAUAUUAUUGCAUCUAAAAGUCUCCACUCAGGAGCUUUAGUUUAUGUACAUUAGAAAAGAAGUUUUUUUUCAGCCAAUCAGAGACUAAUAUCCUAUUUGACUAACAUCAGCUCAAGUAAAUCAAGUCAACAUUUAACUAAACUACAUAAAUUAAACUACAUUUUCACCCAUAAGAAAAUUAAAUUUUCCUCAGCACAUAUCGAAUCUGUGCCACAAAUGCUAAAAAAUCUAAUUUUCUGAGCAAAUACUGUACAUCUGCUGCAUUAGAUUACAAGUCAAAUAGUAUGGCAUCCUAGUUUUUAUCUCGUGUAAUGGUAAUUUAACACUGUAUGAUACAGAAACAACAAAAAAAGCUAAUUUUUAAUCCUCUUCCUGCUAGGUUAGUGCAGAUAUAACUCAAAAACCUGAUCCAACAUGAUGAUAAAGACUUUUCUUGUUGGUAUUUGGUCAAACGUUAAACAGCCACAGAUUUCUGUUUAGUGAAGACAGUAUAUAUUUUUGUUUGUUCAUUAUAAUUUGAUCUCUUCUUCUAAACCCCCACCCCACACACACACACACACACACACACACACACACACACACACACACACACACACACACACACACACACACAGUUACUGUAGCUCAGCUGGUUUAGAGUAUAUGGAGGGUUCACUGAUGUGCAGUAGUUACUCUGGUAGCACCUGGGAUAUAACUGUCAGGAUGCCUUCGCUUUCCUCAAGUGUAGUGCAAUACAGCCACAAAGCCAAGAAUUAAGACUUGACAAAGCAUUGUGUAAGACUUAAUAGGGCUCCUUGUUUUGAUUUAUUUUUUUCAUUUUUUAUAUUUCUGAUUUAUUAUUAAAAUUCGUUGAGCACUUUUUUUUCUUUUUAGCUGGGAUCACAUUGUACUGUUCUGCCAGAGUUUUUAAUUCAUCUGCUUUUUUUCUUUUAUUAAAUUGUUAAAAAACACAUUGUUUGAUACAUUUAAGGCCUACUGAGGUGAAUAAUUGACACUCUGAAUGCCUUUCUUUCUUUUACUUACAUGUACCUACCCACAAUGGUUUCUUAGCAUCAUUCACUUAAGGUUUCCAGGCAGAGGUGCCAUUUGAUUCCACUGAUGCCACACUCAUAUCAAGGAAAUGGAUAGAAAAUUACCAAAUUUCUGAAAAAUUCUAAAUGGGAAUUUGUCUCCUCAAAGUUUUGUCAGAUUUUCUUUCGCCCAAUAUCACAUUUGUUUUGUGUUUUUAACCUCAGCAACACUUGAUAUGUAAACUGUAGAUUUGUCCCUCAGUUGACCAAUCAGACGAGAGGUGUAUGACUGUUGAACCAAUCAGAUCCCAUUAUUGCUGUAAGAGGUGUAUGACUGUUAACCAAUGAAACUCCUGCUUCAUCAAACCAGUGUAUAAUUUAAAAGCUUGUGACGUGCAGUCAUGAGGCAGUGGUGUCGGACAAAUGUGACCUUGAAUUACCUUUUCUUUUUCAACGAUGCCUCCGCCAAACAAUCUUGUUGCAGGAAAUAUGGUCACAAUCUCUCCCUCUGUUCCUGAGUGACAGCACUGAAUAAUGGUCAAAGUCUGAUGAUGUCACAGUGAAGUUGACCUUUUCAAUAUAAAAUGUCAUCACUUCAUCCUGUUAAAUUUGUGUUAGAUUUCUGUCUUUAGUGUAUACAUUUUUGAGUUAAGUCCAAAAACAUGUUUUUUGAGGUCACAGUGAUGAUGUCCUUUCACCACCAAAUUCUAAUCAGUUUCCCUUUGAGUCCAGGUGAAUGUUUGUACCAAAUUUGAAGAAAUCCCCUCAAGGUUUUCUUGAACUAUUGCGUUCACGAGAAUGGGAUGGACGGACAACCUGACAACAUGCUGUCACUGGGCAGAGGCAUAAAAACAAUUUGCUGCUCAUCACAGAGCAAAUCAACAAGACUCAUCCAUCAUGUGUUGCUGCUUUAACACUGACGACUCCAAAAUCAAAAGGUUGUUGUACUUAUAUUGUAACUCUUUAAAGCCAAGCAAUUAUAACUUGUUCCUUCAGCAUCUAACAAAACACUGAUAUGGAAAUGGAGAAGUUGGACAUUACAGCAGGUUUGUGAUCUUUUCGGCUGUAAGGUCGACAUGUUUAUCUGUUCCAUGGGAGAUUUCAGCUGCAGCACGUGUCCACCACUGUCUGAAAAUGUGAAGCUGUGAUUUAGGGCUAGUUUUAGCAAUUUCUUCUUUUUUUUUUUCUUUUUUUUUGUGUACAACUGGGCCUCACUCUCUGAACCUGUUCUCUAGAUACAGUUAGGGCCAUGCUUUAAGGCUACAGUUCUGUUGUAUAGUGUGUUUGAAGCUGUCACUGUUAUCAACAAAACUUAACUUAUGGGCUGAAAUUACGGAAAUGAUCGACCUGCAAUCCUGCAUGUCUCCUAGGAAAUAAUGUGUGACACAAAAAUAAAGACUUUCAACCUCUUUAAUAUUGGAUGUCUAUUUUUUUCUCAGAAAUGGACUUAAUGGAUUUGAUGUCGUGUGUCCAGUCAAAACUAAUAUUAAUAUUUAACGAUGGUGUUUAAUAUUGUUAACGUACUGUAUGUUACUGAGUACUCUGUGUAUUUCCCAUAAAGAAAACAGAGACAGAAGGUUUGAUUGUUACAUGGGGCAUAUUUUAAUUGUCCAGUUAUAUUUUGCAACCAAAAAAAAAUUUAUUUUGGUGUGUAUACAUAGCCAUGACCAGACUAUGCAUGGAUUGAUCCCAGGAUGUUACAGAGAAGAUGGGGAGAGCGAUGAUUAAAGUGACAUGAGCUUAGAAAGAGGAGCAGAAGAAAAGGCAGGAAAGGAAAAGAUGAGUAAAGUUAACAGAAGUAAGAAAGGAAGAAAAGAG